AUGGGCUCGACUCCAUGUCAAUGCCAACUGUUUCCGACAUAUGCGUUUUUGGCCCUCACAUUGAAACGCCCGCCGGUUCAUACUACAAUCAGUUUCGUUCAUGCUGUGAUGGAGAAAGUGAUGCCGAGGCCCACAGGCGGCCGAGACAGACCCGAGAGCAAGCCGUCGAUGACCGACGACGUCCUUCCCCCGCUCCAGGUGGUGCCGCCGCCCCCAAAAUUAAAGCAGAAGCGAAUAUCGUUCAGCAUGUGGCGCCAAGCAGAGGUCAUCCCUGCUGUGAACCGAGUGUCACUGCAAGUGACGGCCGAAGAGCGGAAAAAGCUGGAGCAGGGGCUCGAGGAAGAUGCGAUUCGAUUCAUGUGGACCCCAGAUUCGCAGCUGCGGCUGUCAUGGGAUGCGCUCAUUGCCGUGGUGACCGUCUUCUUCGCCUACCGCCUCCCGUACAGCUUAGCGUUCGAGUCGGACGUGGACUUUCAAGAGCAGGCGUGGUCGAUCGCGUUCAACUCGAUCGCAAACGUCCUGUACAUCAUCGACGUCGUGGCGAAUUUUCGCACCGGCUAUCGCAGCGACGUCGAAGUGGUGCUGGAUCCCAAACAAGUUGCCAUCAACUACGCCAAGACGUGGUUCCUCGUGGACGUAGCCGGGUCCAUUCCGUUUGAGCUAUUUAUUAAGACAGGAGACAGUGGUAUUGAGCGCAAGGCCGUCAAGACGUCGCUCAAGUACCUGAAAAUUCCCAAACUGUUUCGGUUGGCGCGUAUCAUCCGAUUCGUCCGCAAGCACAUGCAGUUCAUGUAUGCGUUCCAGCUGUCGUUCUUGUACAUCUCGGUGGUCCACUGGAUCGCAUGCUUGGGGCCAAGCAUGCUCACCCUCGACGUGUCCGAGUACGUGCCGUUCUCACGCUACGGCAUCUUCCUCUACAUCUCCGUCACGGCGCUGUUCGAUCUGGGCAAGAUGGAAGGGUUUCCCGCGGACGAACAGAUCAUCUUGGCCGCGUUAUCCGUGUUUGGGUUCUUCCUUGUGUGUCUUGUGUCGGCGAGCAUCACAGCCAUCUUUGUCAGUCAAACGUCGCGCGCGUCCGAGUACCAGGAGAAGAUCCAGUCUGUCAUGGCCGACCUCAAAGCCCUCCAAGUGCCACGGGAACUGCGCCUCGCCGCGAAAAAUUACUACGAGAUGCUCUGGCGCGUGAAAAAGACAUCGGACCGGUAUGAAAAGUUCAUUUACGAAGACCAGGACUUGUCGCCGACGAUCCGCGCCGAGAUUGCGCUGCACAUCCACCGCCGCGCCAUCGCGGUCGUGCCGCUGUUCAAGGGCUGCACCGACGACUGCCUCGCCACCGUCGUCAUGAGGCUCAAAACGCACUUGUACAUGGCGCACGACGUGAUCUUCCACCGGGGCGAGCCAGGCCGGUCCAUGCUCAUCAUCAUUCGCGGCAAGGUCAAGAUCAUCGGUCCGGACAACCGCACCCUUGUGGCCGUGCUCAAGGAGGGCAGCUUCUUUGGCGAAAUCGGGCUGCUGCAAAACACGACGCGGUCGUGCACGGUGGUGGCGUCGACGUUUUGCGAAAUGAAAUCGCUCGCACAGGCCGACGCCGAAGUGAUCUUUUCGCUGUACCCGCACAUUUUGGAGCGGCUGUAUCGCGAGUCGGACCGCCGCAAGCGCGACAACUCGUCCAAGAACAGCUUUUGCUCGAUCAAGGUGCUCGACAACGCCCACACCGUGGACAAAGAGUCCAUCGACCAGUUCGACGCCCGGUAUAGUGGGUCUAGGUCCUUGCGCGAAGGCAAGGCGGUGUCGCCCGGCGAGGCCAAGUCGUCCAUCCUGAUGAACUUGGACGAUAAGAACGCCUCCAACUUCUGGACGACAGACGAUGGCGCGAGGCUGCGUGCCUCACCUGAUGCAUCUGCACGGACGAUGGAUCGGACGAUGGAAAGCCUCGCGAAUUUGCGAAUGGACGUGGACGACUUGAAGGACAUGCUCGGGACGGUGUUGGGGAAUCAAAAGCUGCUGGUGGAAAAGCUGUCGGAGCUGGAGGCGCGGUCGACGACGCAUGGCCACCACGCCCAUCGAAAGCGGACCAAGGAAACACCUGACCAUCACGUGCCGUUGAAGAAGGAAGGGUCGUUGAAGCGACGGGAUUUGCUGCACAUGACGGGCGAGAGCGACCGAUCCAUCAAACUCAACGGGACCGGCAGCAACGGCACAAAUGAAGACGACAAGGUCGUGAACCGACUCAUGGUCGAGCUUGAACGCCCGAAAACGUAACGGGACUCGUCGUUUAUACUCCUAGUACAGUUACUGUACUGGACACCUCCA